AUGCUCUACCUCAGCCGCUGGGCUGAUGGGGCCCGGGUUGGCGCCAAGGCAGCAGCGGCCAGGCUCGCUUCUGCUUUGGGGAUGCCCAAGAAGGGGAAAGGCCAGAGUAAAGAGCUGAUGAAACCACUUCCUCCCGCUGGACCUGUGGCAGUUGAACAGAGUGGUUCCAUUACAAUAGCCAUUCAUGCCAAACCUGGCCCCAAACAAAAUGCCAUAACAGAUGUGACAACAGAAAACAUAAGUGUAGCUAUUGCUGCACCUCCAUCAGAAGGGGAAGCUAAUGCAGAACUAUGUUGGUAUCUUUCCAAGGUCCUGGAACUUAGGAAGAGUGAUGUUAUCUUAGAUAAGGGUGGUAAGUCUCGUGAAAAAAUGGUAAAGAUUUUGGCAUCUACGACUCCGGAAGAGAUUUUGGAGAAAUUAAAAAAGGAAUCAGAAGCUCCCUAA